AUGAAGCUCUUCGCCUAUCUCCCGCCAGCGAUCCCCUUCUUAUUCGCAGCGCUGGUCGUCGGUGGCCUCGCGUCCAAGACUCUGCAUAUCGCGUUACAUUUUCAUUCGCUUCCGUUGCUCUCGUUUGUGCUUUACUCUCCGACGCUGGUCAUCUCGGAUUUGCUCGUGAUCGCUUUUGCACGCGGGUUGCUCUACACGCCAAGUCCGGAGACGAAGGUACAAUGGAUCACAACAAUCCUUGGAGGACUCCUCUCGGUGACAGUCUGGGGAGCGUCUUCCAUGCAAUGGGGCUUCUUUAUGCAGACGGGCGCCGAAGUCGACUGGGCCGCAUCAAAUAGUUUUCUCAGCGAUCCUGCGGCGAUGAAGAUUUUAUUGAGUGGCAUCUCAACUGUUUCUGCGGCCGCCACGAUGAUCGGCCUGAUCGCAUGGCUGGUCAACGCGAAGCUCUAUCACUGGACUGGGCUCGGAUUGCAGGCGAUCCGAGGACUCUUCACGGGCGGUAUUCGAUCGCGGUACACCCUUCUCGGCGUUCCCGACAAAUCUUGCCUCAGCACAUCGUGGCUGACGAAGGUGGAGUUCAAAACGGUUUGCCGUAUCGCGAUCGCCGUGUCUCUCAGUUCGUCGCUACUCUUCCUGGAGUUGACUCGCCCACCAGUCCCUUACGACCAUCUCUCCGGCGCCUUGCCUUUGACCUUACUGGAUGCGUUUAGCAAAAAGUCCGUCACCACAACCGGUUGUCGACAACCUUCGAUGCGAUUCCCCCUUUGGACGAGUGUCAAAUCUGGCUUGAUGGCAAAUGGCUGGUCGCGCCCGUCAUGGUUGCCACAGAACCCGCCAUCCGGAUUCAGCCGUUACGAGUACUCUCCCGAUGAGCGCGCAGUGAAAGAGAAUCCUUCCUGGUAUGGCUGCAACGAUCCUAAGCCUGGUUUCUACAAUCCCAAGGAAGAUCCUCUGAAGAUCUCGAAUCUUGGCAAGGAGAUCUAUUCUCCACUCAAGACUGCGUUCGACCAACAUGGUGUUGAAAUCGAACACGUCGUGUUGUUGACUCUCGAAAGUGGGCGAAAGGAGGUCUUCCCUAUGCAGCAGGGCACCCCGAUGUUUGAUGCUUUGCUGGACUCCCACCCGAAGGAGCAGCGUGAACAGGCCAUCGACAAGUUGGUCGCAAUGACACCAGUUUCGCAGAUGUUGACGGGUGAAUACGCUACUGAUAGCAAAGGCGAGCGGGUUGAUUUGAGCGGUGCCAAUUGGCAGGAUCCGACCCCUGAAGGUAUGGGAGGGUUGAACAUUCGUGGUGCGCUGACCGGGAGCUCUUUAACGUUCAAGAGCAUUCUUGGCAGUCACUGUGGUGUCCACCCACUACCCGUGGAUCUGCUGGAAGAGACCGAGCUGGACAUCUACCAGCCUUGUCUGCCCCAAUUAUUCGAGCUCUUCAAUAGACGUCAAACCGAAGCCGCACACUCUCAAAAGUCGAAGCGAGAUGAACCUGAACCGGAGGCUCUCAGACAUCCCUGGAAGUCGGUGUUCAUGCAGUCCAUUACCGACGGGUACGACCGCCAAGACGUCCUCAACCAGAACAUGGGCUUCAAACACAAGGUAGUGAAGAAUACUUUGACUUCAAGUACAUCAAAGUAUCGGGCCAAGGGUGACGAGAUCAACUACUUUGGAUUUGCUGAAACCGAACUCAAGCCUUACAUCCGGGACCUUUUUGAAGAAGCUGCCAACAACAACACCCGCAUGUUCCUGUCCCACAUCACGAGCACAACGCAUCACCCUUGGAACACGCCUAAUAAUUUCAAAAAUGACGAUUACAUGGGCUCUCGGGGAAGCAUGAACCACGGUCCCAUGAACAAUUACUUGAACACCGUUCGCUUCGUGGAUGGGUGGUUGGGCGAGAUUAUGACUCUCCUUGAAGAGACCGGCAUCGCCAAUUCAACCCUGGUGGUCAUUGUUGGUGAUCAUGGCCAGGCCUUUGCAGAGGACCACAAAGAGAUGACGGGUACCUACGAAAAUGGCCACAUCAGUAACUACCGAGUUCCGAUCGUCUUCCGACACCCGCACAUGCCUUACCUCAAUAUCGAUGCGAACGCCACCUCAAUCUCCAUUAUUCCCACCAUCCUUGACCUCCUCAUUCAAUCGAAAUCUCUCAAUGCCCGCGAUUCGGAGAUGGCCAAGGCCUUGCUGUCGGAUUAUCAAGGUCAAUCCCUCAUUCGCCCAUUCAUUCCUUUCAUCAAGGAAAAUUCAGACGCGGGUUCACAAGCGCCUCGCGGACUCAAUAGCCGUAUCGCUCGCAAGACACAUUCCAAGCCUGGUGGUCGUACCCACUAUAAUUGGAAUUUUGGAAUUGUCAACGCCGGUGGGUCCAUGGUUGCAAUCACUGCUGCCGGUACGCCGUGGCGUCUGAUUCUGCCCCUGAAGGAGAACUUUGAAUAUAUCUUCAGCGACUUGGACAAGGACCCCGGGGAGCUUCAUCCCAUUAAUUCUUGGACGAUGCACGAUCUCGUCAAAGAGGUCUCGACCAAGCAUGGAGACGCUGCGGUCGAAUGGGCCCAAGACGCGGAGCAAGUCGGGAAAUGGUGGGUGAACGAGCAGAGACGCAACUGGGGUUACCGUGAGGCCUAA